AUGAAAUUUUUGUCAGAUGGUAGUCAAGUAGAAGUUAUUUCUCACCCAUCGCUUAAUGUCGUACAAGGUGUAGUGUAUGAGCCGGAUACAAUUGAAUUUAAAGAAGAAGAUUUGCUCCAAUUGCUCCAACCACAAGGCAUUACCAACGUCCGUAGGAUAAAGAAACGUGUGGGUAAGGUGCUUAAAAACACUCCUCUGUUAGUCCUCAAUAUCACCGGUACAGUUCUCCCGACUCAUGUAUUUUUUGGCCUGUUGCGAGUUGGUGUUAGACAGUAUUAUCCCACACCGAUGAUCUGCCGAGUAUGUGCGCAAUACGGACACAUUGGUAAAAAUUGCCCGAACUCAGAGAAACCAAUUUGUUUAAACUGCUCUGCUAACUUCCACACGACGGAAGACGAGACGCGUGCGAAAGCUGCCUUUUGCUUGCAUUGCAAAGCUGGUCAUUCGCCGAUGUCAAAGGUUUGUCCUAAAUAUCAAGAAGAAGACGAAGUCAUACAUUUGCGAAUCGAUAAAGGUCUUUCCUUUGCUGAAGCGCGCAAAGCACUGGCCGAUUCCAAGAGAACUACUACAUACGCUCAGGAAUUGCAAAACAAUCUGAUGGAACAAAAAGAUAAACAGAUUGCAGAACUACAACGACAGUUGAAUGAUAUGCGUGCUCAGAUGAAAGCCCUCUGCUCCUCUACGGGGACCGUUAUCACAAGACAGCGAUCUCGAUCUCGAAAACCUUCACCAAUGCUCUCUAAGCAACACGAAAAAAUGCCUGUUACAAAGACCACCGAUAUUCGGGAGAUGGAUUUUGAAAAUGGUAGAAGCAAACGACAAAUCACCACCAAGUACUCUUGUGAAGGAAACUCCAAAAAAGCAUCUUACUCCCAAGCUAAUAAAAAUGACUCGAAUAAUGAGCAAAUUGACGUCAGCGAAACUGAGCAUGAAUCCGAUAACGAUCAGUUUUUUCGCCCACGUAACGGGAAAAUUACAAAAAACUACCACUCGACAACACGAUGA